CUAGCUUAACAGGUUCAAUUAGCUUGCAAAUUGUGUUAUUAUGAAUUCCCCAUUGCCAAUUUGCAUUUGACUAUUGUAUUCUUGGCGAUUAUAAAAUGAAACGGAUCACCAGUUGCAAGUCAUUCAAGUCUUUUGUUAUCUCAAGCUAACAUCCAACCCCAAUCAACAAUCUCAAAAUGAAAUUCGUCAUUGUUUUCGUCGCUCUUUUCGGUUUGGCUUUGGCUGCUCCACCACAAGAAUACAAGGAUGCUGUUGUCACCCGUCAGGAUGCUGAUGUAGGACCCGAAAGCUACCAAUACGCUGUUGAAAGCAGUGAUGGCAAGUCUGCUAGUGAAGAAGGUCACAUUGAAAACCUUGGCAAGGAAGACGAAGCUAUCGCAGUCAAGGGUCAAUACAGCUAUGUCGGACCCGAUGGUGUCACCUACACUGUCACCUACAUUGCCGACAAGAACGGUUUCCAACCCCAAGGUGCUCAUUUACCAGUUGAACCUAAAUUGUAAGCUGUGUUGACUUUGUGUGAUCUGUUAC